UCGCUCUCGGGCGCAGGCGCCCGGGUGGCGCUUGCGCAGAAGGACAAGGAAAUUGGUUCCCUCUGCGGUCCCAGCGCCUGCGCGCUGCGGGCUCUGGGCCUCCCGGCCUGAGGGAGAGGAGCCGGGAAGAUGGCGGCUGUGGUGGAAAAUGUAGUGAAGCUGCUUGGGGAGCAGUAUUAUAAAGAUGCCAUGGAGCAGUGCCACAAUUACAAUGCCCGCCUCUGUGCUGAGCGCAGUGUACGCCUGCCUUUCUUGGACUCACAGACGGGAGUAGCCCAGAGUAACUGUUAUAUUUGGAUGGAAAAGCGACAUCGGGGCCCAGGAUUGGCCUCUGGGCAGCUGUACUCUUACCCUGCCCGGCGCUGGCGGAAAAAGCGGCGAGCCCACCCUCCUGAGGAUCCAAGACUUUCUUUCCCAUCUAUUAAACCAGACACAGACCAGACCCUGAAGAAGGAGGGGCUGAUCUCUCAGGACGGCAGUAGUUUAGAGGCUCUGUUACGCACCGACCCCCUGGAGAAGCGAGGCGCCCCCGAUCCCCGAGUUGAUGAUGACAGCCUGGGCGAGUUUCCUGUAACGAACAGUCGAGCACGGAAGCGGAUCCUAGAACCAGAUGACUUCCUGGAUGACCUUGACGAUGAGGACUAUGAAGAAGAUACUCCCAAACGUCGGGGCAAGGGGAAGUCCAAGAGUAAAGGUGUGGGCAGUGCCCGUAAGAAGCUGGACGCUUCCAUCCUGGAGGAUCGAGACAAACCCUAUGCCUGUGACAUUUGUGGAAAACGUUACAAGAACCGACCAGGCCUCAGUUACCACUAUGCCCACUCCCACUUGGCUGAGGAGGAGGGAGAGGACAAAGAAGACUCACAGCCACCCACCCCAGUUUCCCAGAGGUCCGAGGAGCAGAAAUCCAAGAAGGGUCCUGAUGGAUUGGCCCUGCCCAACAACUACUGUGACUUCUGCCUGGGGGACUCCAAGAUCAACAAGAAGACAGGACAGCCCGAGGAGCUGGUGUCCUGUUCUGACUGUGGCCGCUCAGGGCAUCCGUCCUGCCUCCAGUUCACCCCCGUGAUGAUGGCGGCAGUGAAGACCUACCGCUGGCAGUGCAUCGAGUGCAAGUGCUGCAACAUCUGUGGCACCUCCGAGAAUGACGAUCAGCUGCUCUUCUGUGAUGACUGCGAUCGUGGCUACCACAUGUAUUGUCUAACCCCGUCCAUGUCUGAGCCUCCUGAAGGAAGUUGGAGCUGCCACUUGUGUCUGGACCUGUUGAAGGAAAAAGCUUCCAUCUACCAGAAUCAGAACUCCUCUUGAUGUGGCCACCCCCAACCCCUCAUACAUCUAGGGCUGUUCUCUCCUCCUCUCUGUUUUUCAUACCCACUUUCCCUUCCCCCUCUUUCUCAAGUCCAGAGAAUCGCAGGGUGGUCAUGCCAACCUGCCUUUGGCAGCAGCAAGCUGAGCUGGUAGCUCUGACCACCUCUGGCCCCAGGCCCUCAGGGAGAAGGGAGCAGCACGCUGCUCCAGGGCAUAGCUGUGGGCCCAGCUUCUCCCUGCUCUCCCUUAAGUGCAUUCACUCUGUCUGCCUUGGGCCGAGGCCCUGGUGAUCACAGGGUUCAAACCUCCGAGAAAGAGUGGGAGAGCAGCUCACUUCUCUCAGCUCGGCCUCCACUCUGGCCCCAGGGUUUUCCCUUCCUGUGAAGGUGAGUCAAGACUGGGGCCUAUGCCAGAGCAGCUGGGAGUGAGAACUGAGCAAGCUGGCAAGCAGCUGCCCAUGCCCUCGUGCUGCUUAGCCUCACCGCCUCCUUCCCCGAGUGGCUUUCUGCGGCCCUCUGUUCCUGCAACCCAGGAUCCUUUACCUGAGCCAGGACGCUCUUGCUCCUGGUCCUGGCUCUACCCCGUUCCCAUUGACCUGCCCCAGGGGGAGUAGCAGCCUCACCCUGAUGUUCCUUGUGCUUGCCUGUUUCAUUCUCACAGGCCCUGGUCUCUAGUGACUGAAGCAUUCCCCACCCUUGUUAUUUUCUGUCUUCUGCCCCGCCCCCCUCCUUAUUCCCUUUGGUUUUGUGGGGAGAGGGGAAGCAUCACGGGGCCAGGCCAGAAGCUUGGGGGCCACUGGGAGAUAUUGGAUAAUGUGCCUGUUUUUUAACUCGAUGAAAAAGCCUACCUCCGAAAUCCCCUUUUUGUUCUUCCUGGACCUGGGCAUUCAGCUCCUGCCCUUAACUGAAUUGGGAGCCUCUGCCGCCUGCUCUGUGUAUCCUGUCUCCUGGGUCGUGGGGAAGCCACCUAGACAUCUCUUUCUUCCCUCGCACACUUGCUAGCAGCUGGUAAGGUCUUCACACCCUGAUUCUUUAAUAUUCUGCCUGGUGACACUUUUAAGUAACAGGGGGAACUGUUCAUCCCAGGACAGCCUGGAAUGUCCUUCCCCUUGGCUGUGGGCAGGCCCUAAUUCACUGUCACUUUGGAGUUGAGGUGUCUUUUUUUUCUUUCUUUCCUUAGUUCCUAUAUUCUAAGCAUUAGUACAAAUAAACAUUUUUACACAGA